CACUGGGACUAGUGAAUUAAAAGCCUUGAACUCCCGCGGUUUGUCACUUUGUUUUUUAAGGAGCGUGACAGGCGGAUUUUUUUUUUCUUCCUCCCCUCCAAAGCAAAUGACAACAUACUAAACUCUGCUGGACGGAUAGGGAAAGGGGGCUACAAGGAGGGAGAGAAAGUCCUUUUUGGAAAAGCAAGGCCGUUGCAGGUAGUUGCAUGCUGUGCUGACAGCUGUCCCAGCCAUUCAGUUGCUGUCAGAGUGGCUAUGCAGCAGGUGCAAGCUUUGCUGCCAUUGAUUUUUUUUUAUAUUUUUUUCUCCACAAAGACAAGAAGCGGCCAAGGAAGUGGCUGACCUGGGAUUAUUGGAGCGCAGACACUCUCGGCUGAGUGAGUCUUCCCCAGAGAAGGUGGUUGGAGUCAUUCUGCCCAUAUGAUCACUACAGCGAGAAUCCCUGCUGAUAAGCCUGUCCGAAUCUCCUUCAGUCUUAAUGACUCUCCAGAUGAAUCCUCUGCAGAGAAUGCCUUCCCUUUGUCUUUUCCAGAUGUAGAUCAGCAGCUUCAGCCUCUUCCACCAUGUAACACAUCGAAGGAGUCAAUGCAGGUGUUUAAACAACACUGCAAAAUCGCAGAGGAAUAUCAUCAGGUGAAGAGGGAAAUCGCACUGCUGGAAGAAAGGAAGAAAGAACUGAUGGCCAGACUGGAUCAGUUUGAGAAGGAAAGUUCAGAUGUCGUUCAUUUAGCAAAGGAGUAUGAACAGCUCGCCAAAGAGAAUCAGAGCCUUAACCUGGCCCACUCCCGAUGUAAAGAGCAGCUAGAGAACCUACGAAUACAAUACCAGAAGCGGCAAGGCUCUUCCUAACAGUAGGGACAUGUAGGGAUCUAGUAAAUAAAACAAUGUUUCCACACCGUUUUAAAGCACUUCAUCUGCCUACAUAUGACAUUAUGUUGGCCAUACCUACAAUCUGAUUGUACAAGGUUUAGGUUUGCCAACACUUACAUAGUGUGAGGCCCUAUCUGAAGCUACAAUGAAUGGAUUCUUUCCUUGCUCUAAAUAUUUGUUGAUAAAUGAAAGGGUCUCUGUCAAUGGGCUUUGGGCUUGUGUCAAUGGGCUUUGGGCUUGUGUCAAUGGGCUUUGGGCUUGUGUCAAUGGGCUUUGGACUUGUGUCAAUGGGCUUUGGGAUUGUAUCAAUGGGCUUUGGGCUUGUAUCAAUGCCACCAGUUUUAGACACUUCUGAGAUCAUUGACAAUUCAUUGACAGAUGCAUUUGAUCUGCUUCAAGUUGGUUAUUGGCUUUUCGUUACUUUGUAGAGGAAUGCUAAGCCCCCCAAAAGCCUGUCGACAUAGGCCCUUAAAAAGAUAUCUAUUUUAAAUUUAAAAAUAAAUAUUCACAUACCCUUGUGUAUAAUAACCAAUCUGCGAAUGUAAAUAUUCUAUUUAAAAAUGUGGUGUAGUCAUGUCAUGGUAUAACCCCCUGCUUUCGCUAUUACUACACUAUGGGGAGAUUUACUAAGGUAAUAUGAAAGAAUGUAAGCAUGUUUUUACUUUUUGACAAGGGAAUUUAAAAUAAUAAUAUAGACGUUUUUCCACGUGAUUAGAUGUGUACAGCAAACCGUUUCUCACUUCAUUUCACUUGUCAAUCAGCCUGUAGACUAGAAGGCAAUGUUAACAUUCUAAAUCCAAAAACAAAAUGUAGUAUAUUGCAGCUUACCGGUCCUUAGAUGUGGUGGCUGCAUUUGUUU